AUGGCAGACAUGGAGUUGGAGAGUGGAUCCGCGCAAUCCAAAUCGACCAGCACUCCGCAAGAGCGCCGUGGCUCCGUCGUCAUGGUACGUGUGCGACACGAUUUGCUGAAUCCACUUCCCAGAUUGGCUGCCGGGUGUCCGGGGAGGCUGGAGUGGCCGCUCCCUCAUAACAAGACGCAUCCAUUGCUCUUCAUUCAGGGGGCACCACCAGAGCUCUGGCGUUUGCGUGAAGCAUUUUCAGAGUCAAGAGCAGCAUUCCGGAAAUGCCUUCCUUUCGUAAUUGCUAUGUCGAUUUCAGAGUUCUCUCGGAUUGCGCUGGCCAUUGCUGGCUACGCCGUCGCUUACAUCUACUCUGCGCAGGGGCACGACGAGGAUGCGGCGAGGCUCCUGCAGCUGGGCCUUUCCGUCGCCCUCAGUGGAACCUGCGCGCUGGAAGGUAUUUGCUUCUACGAAACUGCGGCACGUCAAAAGGGGUAUGAUCGAGGGUUCGACUUCUCCGCCGGACGAAACCCAUACGCCACGCAGAGCACACUGUGGUUCGCAUCGAGUUGCAUCGUUGGCGUGGUUGCCUUCUUUGCGUACCCCCGGGAGUCUUCGGCGCAGAUCGUCCUCGCAACCCUCCAGCUCUUAUUCUUUCUGAUGUCGGCCCUGAACCACGUGUAUGAAACAGUAUCUCACGGCAAUUGGCGGUGGCAGAAUGUGAAUCGUCCCCUGCUGAGCGUGGCCAUGGUCGCAGGCGCAGUUUCCCAGCAGGAAAGCAAGGCUUUGUUUUGGCUUCAACGCCACAUGUCCUUAGUCCCACGACCGCACAGUGCUACAACAGGCCCAACCCCCCUUUCCCUGUGGACCCUAAGCCCCGAGGUUCCGAUCCUCCUGAAGGCCUCGGAGGCCUGA